AUGUACGACAUUGACUCUGGGAGAUGGGAUAGGUGUCAAUCCAUGCCAUCGUUGUUCAAGGACUCUGCCACUAGCACUUGGAUCUCCACCGCCACCAUCGACCGCAAACUCUACCUGCUGGAGAAGCGUUCCUGUCUGAUCUGCUCCUUCGAUGCUAAAACCAAGACAUGGGGAGACACCUUUAAUCUGAACCUACAGAUUUCGAAUCCCAACAAGAUUAAUCCACCUAUGGUUGUGGCUGUGGUUGUGACUCACUCCAUCAUCGGAUUCGUCGACGAUCGGCUGGUUCUGGUGGGGCUAAUGGGGGAACCUGAGGACUUGCACGGACUAGGGCUCUGGGAAGUGGAUCAUGACAGCUAUGAGUGUAGGCCGAUCGGGGAAAUGCCGUUGGAGAUGGUGGAGAAGAUGGGGAACGGAAACUCGUCGCUCUCGACCAUGCGUGCGUCGGUGGAAGAUGGUUCCAUUUACAUCUACGAUCCUUGGAAUCCAGAGCAAAUAUUCUUCUGCGAAUUGAAAGAAGGGAUCUGCCAAUGGGGAUACAGAGUGAAUUCCAUGGCGAAUGAAGGGAACCGGAUGCAGAGAUUCGUGUUCACAUGUUCCAGAGUUGGAAUGGAUGAUCUUCACAAGGCUGUGGCGACUGGAAGCCGUACAUUCGCGGUGUCCGACUGA